CGGAGGAGAGCCUGGGGCCUCUCCCCACUCUUCCAUCUGCCCUUCUGCAGCCCAGACUCUUGCAGACGCCUGCCAGAAGCCUGUUCUCAGAGAGGAGAGAACAGAGGCACAGGACCUGAGGCAACUCGUAAUAUCACUCAACUCGUGGGGACAUGGAUUUACUGCUGCAGAAGCUGGUGGACAAUGAGACAGAGAAGGAAAGUGAGGCCAGCAUUGCUCGCUUUCAUUUGCAAAGAGACAUGGAUGACACUCCUUCAAGUGAAGAUGAGGAACUAGAAGAGGUAGAACUGUCAGCUGAAGAAAAAAUAUUUUUGAGAGAGUUUCCCAGAUUGGAACGAGAUCUAGAAGAGCACAUCAGAAAGUUCUAUGCCCUUGCAGAGGAUAUUGAUGCAACUCACAAAACAUUCACCAAGACCAGCCUGGUGGCCAACUCCAUUGCUGUCGUCUCUGGAGUCAUGAGCAUCCUAGGUUUGGCCCUCGCUCCAGCAACAGGAGGAGGAAGUCUUCUGCUCUCCAGUGCUGGCCAAGGUUUGGGGGCAGCAGCUGGUGUCACCAGCAUCUUGACCAGCAUGUUGGAACGCUCUCACAAUAAAAAAGCCCAGGAUCAGGCCAGCAACCUAGGGGUCAUCCUUGACACUGAAGACCGAGAGGCUGAGGCAGACAAAGAGUUCUAUGUUGUGCAAGCUGGCAAGAUCACCUAUGAUUGUGCGAACACCAUCAAGAAUAUCAAGAAGAACCUCCAAGUCCUUCAGAAAGCCAGAGCCAAUCCCCGCUUAGCCAAUGCUGCCAAGAACCUCAUGACCACUGGCCAAGUCUCAGCCCAAAGGAGCCAGCAGGUGCAAAAGGCCUUUGGAGGCACAACACUGGCAAUGACGAAAAAUGCUCGCAUGCUGGGAAGCGCAGUGGGUGCCUUCGGCCUUGUUCUGGACUUGGCUGCUGUAUCAAAGGACUGGAAGGAACUGAAGGAGGGAGCAAGGAUGGAGUUGGCAGAAGAGCUGAGGGCCGAGGCUCAGAAGCUGGAAAGGAAGUUGACAGAACUCACUCAGCUAUACGAGAGCCUGCUGGAGAGGGAAUUCAUGCAAGAAAAAUGGCCUCUGAGCAGACAUUUGGAGGCCGCCAUGAUUGAUCUAGUUUUGAGGGAGCCAUAGGCCUCCAGCCAGACACCAGGAAGCAGGAUCUCAGUAAUUGCUGACUCAAACCUUGCAUCUGCACACAGAAGGAUGUCCCUGGGACCUGCUCAACCCACUCCAGUGGGAAGGAAGGAGGCCCACCUUCUGCAUCCCCCAGCCUCACUCCCUUCAGGACUUCAGAACCUGGAGUUUUCCUGCUGUCCAGUUCACUCAUCUCAAGCAUAUUUUUUUCUUUUCUACAUAUU